AUGAAGCAAAUAUUUCAAUUGAGAGCGAUAACAAAAGCGUAUUAUAUGGAAAUAGUCAAAUUGAUGACAGUGGAAAUUGGCGUGUCACAAAGUGAACAAAAGGGUGACAUGUCAGAUAAGGUCAAAUUAGAUUCAGUCAGGUCAGAAGUGAGUGAUGGAACGAUUGACAAAGAUAUUGGAUUAAUCAGACGCUUUGAAGGUCUAUUAUCAGUACACAAGAAGAAGAAAACAGAUUGCAAAUUAUGGUAUCUUAAACAAAAGUAUUCACAGAAAUCUCAUCGUCGGAAGAAGCAUCGCUACAAAGAAGCGCUUUUGUUGAUAAAGGAAACAAUGAAAACUGGUAAGUUAACUGGUUUAAAGUAUUAUAAGGAAAGAGAAAGGAAAAGAUGA